AUGCAGUACAUCCAAAAGAACAUCCGAGACGGUGAUGAGCAAUUUGUUGCUGAAAUGAAUGCAGUUGUCGUCAAAGAUGCCGAGGUAAUAAAAAUAUGGUCGAUUGGACAUGAUAUUUUAGGCCGCCUUGAAGCCUUGUGCAUGGAAGCAGCUCAAAAUGUUGCUGCAGGUGAAGUCAAUGUUGGACAGCUCUUGAGAGAACGUUACGGAGAAAGUGAAGUCUUAAGUAUUAGAUUCGUUGCCAAUCCUGGAACCCUCACUUGUGCAAACAAUUGGGACGAACCAACGACCCGACUUGAUUUACAGAAAGCAAGACCAAGACAGUUGGGAAUAUCGCCGCGUGAAAGCAGUUGGAACCAAUCCAUUCAUGCUGAUCUGGAAUAA